GAUCAAUUGAACGCCAAUAGAGUCUGUAAUAUAGAAGUUUCUCCGUCGACCACAAUCUACUUAAAGGUGGCGCGCGUACAGCCAGACCCUCAACACGUGCAGGACUAUCACGUGCCGGUCCUCCAGUUCCCCGUCACACCCAAUCAGUGGGAUCUCACCACUCAACAGAUUCUUCCAUAUAUUGAUGGCAUUCGUCACAUCUCUAGAAUCGCAUUGGAAGCCGACGUUGAGAUGAGUUUAGUGAAGGCCUGCGUUCAGAAUAUGAUUUAUUACGGAAUUAUAACAUUGAUUCCUAUAUUUCAAUAUUCAAACGUCUACUUAACGACACCUCGUUUAGUGCAUUUGGCCGAAAACAUUAGCCUUCAGGACGAGUGCAUUAGAUUUGUAUCGAAACAGGAAUCGCAACCAUUGGCCACAUUUCGCUCGAUAUUCCAACUCUACUGUCAUAUGUGUCCGGGAAUGACAGUCAAAGAUCUGUGUAUGAAAUUCAAUCCAUCCGCUCAUGGAAUCGAUGAGAAAGCGCUCAUUAAAUUCGGUUUAAUGAAAGGCUUUAUCAGAAGGUUUCAGAAAUAUCCCAUAUUUUUGGCUCCAAAGCCUCAUUCGGUAGAGAAUACGAGAGGACUCUAUCGAUACUUUGAUGGCAACCAUUCAUACGAUGAGAUCUGUUGUAAAGAACUGAAGAGUUAUCAGGAACUCGAAGAGAGAGUUGAAAAACAUCCGGCAAUUGUUGUUUGUUGGAAAUGAUUGUUAUAAAGAGUUUAUAUAUUUGUUAUGUUUAUAAAUUAUAAUAAAGAAAUUACAAGACAUUUAUAAA